AAAAUACACUGCAAUUGUAAGACAGGAUGGUAUAACAAUGUUAAUUUAACGCAGUAACACACCCAUCCCCCUUCUUCAUUUAAUGGUACAGCGCAACUUAAUUUUUCCCAGUCACUUCAAUGGCAUGAAAAUUGUGUUAGAAAAUUUGUCAAGCCGAUUUCAGUGCAACAGCUACUCGAUUCGAGUUUUGAUCAUAGAGAAUUUAUAAGGAACUAAAUAUAUUUUGACCAUAUUUUAUCAUAAUUUGUCAUCAUAAUCAUAAUGUUUGGCCUGCUUAGUGAGUUUUAAUGUGAGAUAGCGUCUUUUUCAAGGCUAAUUAUCAUUAUUUUGACAUUCUGUCAAAGCUAAAUAUAAUGUAACCAACAUAAUUAGCUUCGUAUAGCCUAAAUUUGAGUUGUCAUGGCGCAUUUGCCCUGCAUGUGUGAAUCAUACAGCCUAUGUUGGUGACGUGUUGACCAACAAGAUUCCCAUAUUAACAGGGUUUUUUAUACAGUCUAUGGUUUUAAGCAGAUCUGAAUCAGUUAGUCAUGCAAUACAGGCCCGGAAUAUAUUUAUAUUUCUUUCUCACGCCAUCACGGCUCAGUCGACACUUAAAAUAAAAUCGCAUUGUCCAAAAAUCAGACUGGUCGAUAUUACUAGUUAUUGGGAGCACGAGUUUAGGAGUAGCACUUGAACGCUGCAUGAUUUCUGCAGCGCUGAGCCGUUUGCUUGGUGGUUUCAUCAGCGACUUGCGACCCCUAUCUGCCAGAGCUCGACACUCCCCAUGGAGGAGAGGAGGAGGCCAGGGAAGAGGAUGCUGUCAUCUGUUGUCGCCGACCUCAGUGAAUGACAGUAGCGUGUGAACAUGGAGUCAUUUUGAAACGCUCUCGUGCAACUUAUUUGACUUGUCUCUGGGCUCUGUUGCGGGCCUUUCGGGGGUGAUGAUGGCGUCCCAGUGCACGGAGCAAGCCGUGCAGGAGUUCCUGAUGGAGAGAGGAGGGAGGGUCCAACAGAUGGAGCUGCUCGAUCAUUUCCUAUCAGUUUGUGGGAGAAAUGACCAGUCGAAAGAAGGGGUGGAUCGCGAGGUGCUGAAACGCGUUGUGGACAACGUGGGUUUCGUGCAGGUGGAAGACGGCGUGAAAUUUGUUUGUUUAAACACUGAAGGCAGCGCAGAGUCGGUGAUGCGUGCGGACACAGACGGCCACGAUCACGCGGAGUUCAACGGUAACGUUAAUAUCCAGGAAACACUGGACAACAGCUAUGUCAACGGCAACCGUGACAGCGGAGACCAAGCAGGAGCAUCCAGUCCGCUGGCUGCCAGUCUGGACAAUGAUAAACAGUCAAAUGGUAAUGAGCAACCUGCAGCCCCCUCCCAGAAUAAUAAGACCAACACGGCGACUCCUACCUCUGCUGGAGGAGGGGAGGUGAGGCUGAGGGAGAGGAGGAGGCGGGAAUCGGCCCCUGUUAUUGGGGUACCAGAUCUGGACCAUGCUCACCCUGCGGGGUCCCACAACCAGCAGGUGAGGGGAGCACGCAGGGUGUCCAAAGGGUCCCAGCGGGCCAUGCUGAUCAGCUGCCUUUCUGAAGACAGCGCCUUGGAAGGGCUGGACCCUGUGGGAGAUAUCAACACACCCAAGGGAAGUCGCAGGAACUUCAUAGAGCUGAUGAUGAGUAGUUCUCCGCAGGUUCGGAGGUCUCUGAUCAACCGUGGUUCACGCCUCCGGGACUCAGUGAGGAGCGAUGGAGAUUCAACAUCGCUCCUCUCCUCAGCCACUGAUGAGGACUGCACCUCAGUGACCCUGGACCCACUGGAACAUGAGUGGAUGCUGUGCACCUCAGAUGGCCUGUGGGAAAGUCUGCAACCCCUGCUCACUGUGGAACCCAGCCUAGUGGCCAAGAAAGACUUUGUGACCGGCUUCACCUGCCUCCACUGGGCGGCUAAGCAGGGCAAAGCUGAGCUGCUCUCCCAGCUGCUGGCCUUCGCCAAGGAAAACACUAUUCCUGUCAAUGUGAAUGUGAGAUCAAGUGCUGGAUACACACCGCUACACCUGGCAGCCAUGCACGGCCACACACAGGUGGUUCGUGUAUUGCUGUCAGACUGGGAGGCGGACCCUGAUGCUCGAGACUACAGCGGAAGGCGAGCCAUCCAGUACCUGCACCCAACACAAGCUGCUGACCUGCAGGAGGAGGGAGUGGUCCUCUCACCUGGAACUGAGUCAGAUAGCGAGAGCACUAACAGCGGUGGUGGUGGAGGGCGCGGCUGGCGGUUUCCCAGAGUCCUCCAGGGCAAUCUGAACCCACUGCGCCUUCUGAACCCACCGGCUGAGGCAGCAGAGGAGGCAGCCGUGACUGGGAGGACCAAAGGGGGGGUGCAGAGGAAGUCUUCUCUGAGCCGGCUGAACGCCCGGCUGCAUCGAGGUCGCCACCGAGCCCAGAUCAUCCACAGCGCCUCCUUCAGGGACACUGGGGAGGUGGGAAGAGGAGAGGAGCUCCCCAGCAGCCCUCUCCGAACCCGACCACUGUCCAACCUGUUUGGAUGAAGUUACACUCUUAACCAGUGAUAUGGAAAUAUAAACCAGUUUGACAUGUUUUGAUUUACAAAAUACUGUUUACUCACCUUUAUAAGCUGUAAGGUUUAUGACCAAAAUUUAUGACACACAUCCUAAUAUAUAUUGUAAAGUUUUAUUAUAGGAUUUUAAAUGAAUAACUACAAUGUAUGUUUCUCUAAAAGUACAACUUACUUUUGAUCCCUUUGCAGUUCGUAGGCUGAUGUUGGUCACAGAGGGCAAGGCACAAUUCAAGUAGCAUUUUAUUUGCCACGACAAUUCACUGAGUUGAGUUUUUUUGUGUUAGUAGCUUUUUCUGUAAUGUUUUGUAGGUUCUCUUAGCGAACAUUACACCACUUUUUUUUAAAACUUAUACUAGACCAAUUUUUACUCAAAUGCAAAAGGAACAGGCUGGAUUCACUUUAGUUUUGACUCACAGUGGCGAGGGAUUUGUGAAAUAACACAUAGGUUUUAUUCCAUAAACAUGUUUUUUGUUUGCAGAGUAAAUUAAUAUAUUUAUUGAACACAUUUUCUAUAUUUCAGCCUCCUUUUAUUGGAUGGUGCUGGGGUUUUUUUUGUAAAUCUCUGAAUGAAAUCUUUUUUAUUUUCAAUUAACAGAUUUUAGUAUUCAAACUCUUGUAACCACAGAAUUAUUGUAUGUCCAAACAACCAUGUACAGUUGUGAUGUUUGCACUUGUCACUUUGAAGAUUGUUCAUCAUUAUGGGAGGAAACGGCUCAAACUAAAACCAUGCCAGCUGUUAUUAGUCCCGUGUCAUACUUAUAAGUUAACAUUGUAUACACAAUAUUACAGGGUGAUCAAACUGCUACACCUUUAGAUGUAUAAUGCACUGUAUAUAUAAGCAUACAAAUUAGACUAUGUAAUUUUUCACUAUAUCUUUCACUUCUGUUGAUCAAUAUUUGAAACCUAAACAAAGUACACUGAUUUAAAAGUUAGGUAGUCACAAUGAUGGGAGGGUAAUUCCAGGCUGGCAUGAUUUUAGUUAGAUCCAUGUACCUUUUAUAAAGACACUGGUCAGUUUCACAGUCAGACUGUUUCACAGGGUGGAAGCACAGGGAGAACUGAUGUUGUUUACUGACUAUAAUGUACCUCAAAUACUUUGAGUCUGGCUCACUCAUUGUUAAACUGCUUCUUUGUGGGGGAGUUUAAGCGGUAUGGGCCUCUAAUAGCAGAUUGCAGUCUUUUUGAGCAAAUCUUCAAUGGUUAAAAUGGAUUAUAUUUACCACUUUCAACUUAAAGUACAGUUCUGAAUCAUAGACUCAUAGUUUCAUGCAGAAGUGGCUCAUGUAAAAAUCUAAUUUAGUGAAAAGUUAUUCAGCUCAAGGUCUUUCCACAGAUGAACAGCGUAGCACUAAUUAGUUUUACAGUAAAUAUGCAACCAAACAUUCUGAUUCAUAUACACCUGAUUACUUUGGACCAGAUUUUUAAUAAAUUGCCUAUACAGCCUCUUGUAUUGCAUCUGCAGAUAGUGAAGAGUCUAGACCAGAAUAUGCUGUAUGUUUAGCUGAGGAGCACAUUGACUUUUUAGACUGUUCUCCCAAAUAUGUGAACCUUACUUAUACCUGAUUAUCGGAUCAAUGACACAUCCUAGAUUUCAUGAACUUAGUAUUUUGUAGCAUUUCAUAGGGCUUCAUGUAAUUGUACGUUGACUCUUUUGAUGUAGAAAUAUGUUGUACAAACCUACUUCGAUGUCACCUUUUCAGAUGCAUGAAUAGGGGAAAUGUAAAUGCUUUGCACUGUUAAUUUUUAUGUCUGUAUGUCAGUCUUCUUUGUGAAUACUGUGAAGUUAAGUGGUGCGAAUCCUCUGUUACUGAGCCACUGUCAACUUUCUCUCUGGGUCUCGUCCUUGAAUGUGAAAUAAAGCAAUAAUGGUUUGCAUAAAAACGG